AUCAAAUAUCUCUCUCACUCAACACUGAUCCUCCAUUAAUCUCAAAGAUAAUUAUAUUAAUAAUAAGCCUCUUCUGAUUUGUUUCGAACAAAAUAAACAUUUUUGUUGGGUUGAGAGCCAUGGCUUCCCUUUCAAUCUCUUCCUCUUCGACGAUCAUCAACUCUAGAGCUUCUCCUCCUCCUGGACAAGCCUCCUUCUCUUCUCCGUCGUGUAUUUCACUUCCGAUGCUUCCUCCUAAGCCGCUUCAGUCCACUACUUGCUGUCGGAAGAUUGCGAGGAGGAACGUUCUGACGAGAGCUACUGAAGUUGAAGCUCCGGUCACCGCCGAAGCUGAGACUACAGAGUUGCCGGAAAUCGUCAAGACCGCUCAAGAAGCUUGGGAGAAAGUGGAGGAUAAGUAUGCAAUUGGUUCUCUCGCAUUUGCUGCUUUGGUGGCUCUUUGGGGAUCUACUGGCCUCAUCUCGGCAAUCGACAGGCUUCCAUUGUUUCCCGGUGUUUUUGAACUUGUAGGCAUUGGUUACACUGGGUGGUUCGUUUACAAGAACUUGAUCUUCAAACCAGACAGGGAGGUGCUGUUUCAGAAGGUCAAGGAUACAUACAGAGACAUAUUAGGGAGCAGCAGCUGAAUCAGAGGAAGAAGUGUGAGAGACAUUCAUGAAGGAAAAUCAAAAGAAGAAUCUAAGACAUGCCCCUCUCUCUCUCUCUCUCUUUGUGCUUCUUGUAGCUCAAAAUAUCAACCACCUCCUUAUAUCAGUGUUGUAGAUUUCAUCCCCUCUCUCUCUAUGUGUUCCUUGUAGCUCAAAAUAUCAUCCACUUUAUGUCAAAGUGUUGUAAAUUCCUCAAGACUGCAAUGAUGAGAUGUUUAUUUCAUUCCUCUCAA